AUGGGCAUCCGAGGGAUGCUGCGAGCCGCCGUGCUUCUGCUGCUCAUCAGGACCUGGCUCUCAGAGGGCAACCACGCCAGUCCCAUCCCGAAAUUCCACUUCGAGGUCUCCUCUCCCGUGCCCGAAGUCGUCCAGAACGUCUUUAACUGCAAAAAUUGUGCAAAUGAAGCUGUGGUUCACAAGAUUUUGGACAGGGUGCUGUCGCGAUAUGAUGCCCGUCUGAGACCAAAUUUUGGAGGUGCCCCUGUGCCGGUGGGAGUAUCUAUGUAUAUCUCCAGUAUUGAAAAGAUCUCAGAAACGACUAUGGACUACACGAUCACCAUGUUUUUCCAUCAGACCUGGAAAGACCCACGUUUAGCGUACUAUGAGACCAACCUGAACCUGACUCUGGACUAUCGCAUGCUUGACAAAUUGUGGGUCCCCGACUGCUACUUUCUAAACAGCAAGGAUGGUUUCGUGCACGAUGUGACUGUGGAAAAUCGUGUGUUUCAGCUUCAGCCAGAUGGAACGGUGCGGUAUGGCAUUCGACUCACCACCACAGCAGCUUGUUCUAUGAAUCUGGACAAUUUCCCUAUGGACAAGCAGACCUGCAAGCUGGAGGUGGAGAGCUAUGGCUACACGGUUGAUGACAUCAUAUUAUACUGGGAAGGCAAUGGCAGUGCCAUCCAGGGCACCGAGAAGCUGCACAUCCCUCAGUUCAGCUUCCUGGGAAAGACAUUGACUAGCAAGCAGGUGCCUUUGUACACAGGUUCCUAUGAGCGCCUGAUCCUGAAGUUCCUGAUCCAGAGGGAAAUUAUCAGCUACCUUGUGCAGGUCUAUUGGCCUACUGUCCUCACCACUUCCAUCUCUUGGAUAUCAUUUUGGAUGAACCAUGAAUCCUCCGUAGCCAGAGUGACAGUCGGUCUGACUUCAAUGCUCAUCCUGAACACCAUCAACUCCCAUCUGCAGGAAAAACUCCCCCAUCUUUCCUGUAUCAAGGCCAUCGACAUCUAUAUGGUUGUGUGCUUCUUCUUCGUGUUCCUGUCCCUGCUGGAAUACGUCUGCAUCAACUACCUUUUCUACAACCGCAGAGGAUCCCAGCGCCUUUACAGGCAGCGCAGGAGAGCCCGAAGAAUCAUGGCGCGCUACCGGUACCGGGAAUUGGCACAGCAGAUUGACCGGGUUAACAUCGAACAUGAAAGUGGCUCUCCUCCCUCCAGACCAGCGCGUGCCCGCCUGGCGAGCUCAGAAAGCCUCAGCUCUUUGACCUCCACCCCAAAGCAGGCCCCUCUGGCCACCUCAGAAAGCCUCAGCUCACUGUCUACUCUCUCUGACCAGUCCUGCCUGCCCAGUGAAGAAGGCCUGAAUGAUCUCUCGUCCACCUCACGGAACAUCGCGCACAACUAUGACAUUAACUUUAAUGAUUUCGAUACUGAUCACAGUGUUAUUGCUGCGGAAAUCCACCAUAGUGCCGAGGACCAUGACCAUGCUGAGACCCGUGACCCAGAAGACCCUGAGGAGAGCGACAGCGUGGGUGACGACUAUGGCCAUGGCCCCAGAGAGAGGCAUCUGUUCGUCCGUGGCCAGAGGUACAUGCAAGAAGCAAGCUGCGCCCCUGAAAGCCUUGAUGAGUUCUUUAGAGUGCCUAAAAACAAAGUUCAGCGCAACCGCCCUACGCUCCAAGAGCAAGUCCAGCGUGAUGAUGACAAUGACACUAUCUGCAGCCGUGCUGAUGACGAGGACACCACCUGCAGCUGUGAUGGUGACAAUGACACUGUCUGCAGCAAUGAUGGUGACAGUUUUGUGGGCUUUGAUCAAGACAAGGACAGCGACUCAGAGUCUGAUGACAGUUGUCCCCCGAGCCCUCAGUACUCCUGUGGUAAAAGGUUUACCUACAAGCUCUUUGACCCUGACUACGUCCCUAAGAUGGACAAGUGGUCCCGGGUCCUCUUCCCUCUGGCCUUUGUGGUGUUCAACGUCGUUUACUGGGUGUACCACACCAAUUAGUUCGAUAGUGCCCCAGAGCGGCAGGGAUGCUGGGCUACGUUCCUUUCACAGCUCCUUUUGUUUUCAUUUUGCCUUCUCUUCUUUGUUCAUUUUAUUUUUCGUUAUUUGGGCAGUCGAAUCAGUUCUCCCUCAUUCUUUAGAUACACGAGGUGGGGAGUACUUGGAAAGGAUGUGUUCUGGCUAGAAGGAAGGGAUUGAGGAGUUGGAGGGAAAGGGCUAACUGAUUUCCCUUUUCUGCUAGAAGACAUGACCUUUUCAAAGACUCCUCGCAGCUAAUCAGCACAGAAAAGCCCCUGGAAAUGUCGGGAGGACCUAGAGGACCCAAGCUGAGGGACAGAGGAAGGAGCUGAGCCCUGCACACAAGAGUUUCUGGGGGCUUCUCUCUCCCCCCGAGGUGUUGAAUUUUCUUUUUCAUUACUUCUUUUCUUCUGGUUUUUCCUCCUAGGGAUUAUGGUCCUUGCUCACCUGCUGCUUAGGGUUUUACAGGACAAACUCAAGCUAGGUAGGGCUUGGAAGUGCAGGGGACCGACUCUAGGGAACUUGAGGAGUUUGGAAAGUGCCUUUUCCCCACUAUUUUUUUCUGUUAUGUUUUGAGUGUGGUGUUGUGGCACACUCAAGGGUUGGGAGUGGUAGGUAGGUGGGUGGUUAGGGGUGCUGAGUGAGACAUCAGGGCAAA